AUGGAGUUAGUCAUUGAGUUUCUGGCCAUGGGUUCGUUUGCAUGGAAGGAUGGAAUAUUUGUUGAAGACAACCUUUCUUUUUGCCUUGGUGGAGAAAGGCAUACCUUAAGCCUUGAUGAUUUUAUGCUAAAGACACAGAUUUAUCUUCCAUCUGAGGUCCGUUCCGAAUCAUAUCAACAAUAUAUUGCUGGACAUGUUCGGAUUACCGAGGGGUUCAUAGAGGAAGCACAUUGGAAUGAAAUAGCAAAUGGUGCUUAUGAUAAGGGGACUACACAAGAAAGUGACAUUUGCUCUCCUCUUCAUCGUCUUUUGCAUCGGCAUAUCACAAACACCAUUAAUCAGAAACAGGAGGGGGACAAGUGUCCGAUGAUAGACAUGUUUUUCUUAUGGGCCCUUAUCACCCCCGAUGUUUAUAUAAGCUUACCAUUCCUGUUGGUAGAUUUUCUUGUGGCUCGAUCAGGAAAGGAUAAGCGAGGUUCUCCUCUUUACGGGGGUAUGUUGAUCACACGGCUUGCAUGUUCUUUUGGAGUCCUUGGUAAGCGUGAUGUCGUGAUUUUGACAGUGGAGUACCAGAACCAUUUCUCUACACUACUUUAUAAGAGGGCAACAAUCUUUGUUCAUGGGAUGGGUGGUUUUUCUAUUCCUGACGAUACUCCACGAGGCCGAGUCCCGAGGCGGGUAAGACAAAGAAGGGAUCCUGAAGAAGAUGAACCUCUAGUUGUACCAACCGAUGACGAGCUGCCCAUGGAUCCCUAUACCAUUGCGUUGAGGAAGUUUUAUGAUAACUUGGAAAGGAGUGCCAACUACACCAACAUGAGCCUAGACCACCUUAUGGAGCAAAUGCAUGUAACCCGACCCACUCAUUUUCCUUAUGUUUACCCAUACGCACCGAGUUCGGGUGGAGAGAGCAACAAGGUGGAGCAGGCGGUAGUAGAGGAGGUGAUGAUGGGGACGACCAAGAAUGAGAGUUCUAUCCUUUUAUUUUACUGGAUUGAAGUCCACAACCAGGCAAGGAACAUGAAAUAA